AUGACGCGCCCCCUGCAAGGUCCGAGAUGCACCCAAACACAGCAUCGGGACCAGGCCCGUCAGGACCCGACGUUCUGCCCUGGACCUCGGACCCGGCGAGGCAGUGGGCUUUGGCUUCUCUUCUGCAGCCCGGAGCUUGUACCAGGCCCAUUCGGCCGCCUCCUCUUUCUUCCCCAGGUCCGGGACUUCCUGCAGCAGCUCAAGGGCCGCGUGGCACGGGAGGCCAUUCAGAGGGUGUAUCCAGGUGGCCUACAGGGUCCAAGGCGCCGGGAGGCACAGACCCCAGCCCCCAUAGAGGUAUGGACAGAUCUGGCUGAGAAGAUUACAGGUCCACUGGAGGAAGCACUGACAGCAGCUUUCUCGCAGGUGCUCACCAUCGCAGCCACGGAACCCGUCAGCCUCCUGCAUUCCAAGCCCCCCAAGCCCACCCAGGCACGCGGAAGGCCGCUGCUGCUCAGCGCUCCAGGAGGGCAGGAGGACCCUGCCCCUGAGCCCCCUGGCCCCACCCCUGAGGCCUCUGGCCCCGCCCCUGAGGUACCUUCUGAGUCCCUGACUGGCCCAUCUGAUGAGGAAGAUUUCACCGUGGACUUUGAGAAGAUCUACAAGUACCUGUCCUCCUCCUCCCGCAGUGGCCAUGGCCCCGAGCUCUCUGCAGCUGAGUCAGCUGUGGUCCUUGACCUGCUCACGUCGCUUCCAGAGGAGCUGCCCCGCCUGCCCUGUACAGCCCUGGUUGAGCAUAUGUUGGAAACUUACCGGCGUCUCACAGCCCCGCAGCCCAGCCCAGCAGAUGAGACCCUGGGGCCUGGGCCUGAUGAUGCCACCAUUGAAUCCAGGGGACCAGAGGAGCCCGGCCAGGCCAUCCUACAAUCCCCUGAGAGCGUCGGGCCCAGCGAACUGAGAUCGACCUGGCAAGAAGCUGGGAUCUGCCCUCUAAACCCGUUCCUGGUUCCUCUGGAGCUUCUGGGCCGGGUGGCCACCCCUGCAAGAUGAGGCGGACACACCAGACAUCCUGAUCUGGCCCUCAGUCCUGCCUGGCUGGCACUGCUUGUCGUGAGGAUCCCAACAUGGUGGAUGGUGGAAGGUCCCGAACAUGGAGAGCUCAGCACGGGGUGGUGGGCUUUAAAUGACCGAUACAUUGGGAGUCUCAGAAAUGGAACUGCAAUUGUACAGUUCGAUGGGGCCAGUCAGAUGGCUGGGUUCUUGGGGAACGGGGGAUGCAGUAUUCUGCCCACAAGCAGCCUGACCUGGACAGGCGGACAGAGGGACAGGACCAGCCCCACCUUUCCCCAAGCCCAGCUGCACCUUGUUCUCUGCCAGGGGGCAUAGCUGGCACCCCAUGCCACGAAUCCCCUCUUACAUGUCCUCCUUUGCUAGGUUUCUAUUCUUUGUGCUUCUCCCCCUGUUUAUGUUCCUCAGGGCCCCAUAUCCCCAGCCCUGUUCAGCUGACUACAGUCCAACAGUCCCUAUGCUGGCUCCUCCACCCUCCCCAGGGGUGUCCUGUGACCUCCAAUAAAGUUCUGGCCAACCUGC